AUGCCUAGGUAAAAAUUUUUUUGUUAUUAUAUGAUAUCGAGUUACCUUGGAAUGCCUUCGUUCGCAAAGGAAACAUCUUCACUAGCUGGAACACAAAAUGUUCGAUUCUAUGGGCCGUUGCUGGAAGCUGUUACGAAAGAUAUCUCAUUCAGCUCUUUGAAUGAUUGGAAGCGGCGUGCAAAAUCUGGAAGAAAAAUCCCAAAGUGAAUUCGAUGACCUGUUCGGUUUCUUAAGCGAGUCAUAAGGUGUCCCUACUAAUCCAAGGAAGAGUAUUCUUCGAUGAGUAAAGAACAUUGUCUUCUCGUUUUUUUAACAAACACUUCAUUGAGGAGAACGAGUUCUUGAGGAAAUUCGACAAGCCGGUUGAGGAGACUAGCUAUGCAUCUUGUACAAGUUUGCUCGAUACAUUUUCAUUCAUGAAAUAUCUUCCGCUGAGCAUUCACAAACGCCUUAAAAGUUCGGCUACGAUCUAACAAAGAAGCUUCUCUAGCCUUGCAUCCACGAACACAGACAGACGUGCGAAGAAGGAACCAUUCGCCAUGUACACGUUGUCAGAUCUCUUACUUGCUGGGACAAAUACAAGCACAGAGUUUUGAUCUGGUCACUUCUUUAUUUAGUAUCCUUCCUGGAUGUCCAAGCUGAAACACACAGGGAGUUGGAUGACGUCAUAGGCCUUAACCAUCAGCCUUGUUUGCAGGACAAAAGAAGUUUACCAUAUCUGAAAGCCGCCACCAUGGAGAUCAUGCGCAAUAGCUCACGCGUCUUCGUCACUUUUCCUCAUCGAGUGCUCAGCGACACAACACUUAGAGACUACGACAUCCCAGAAAAUUUCUAA